AGUUCCAGAAAACACCGCUCAGUUCCUUGUCCCCCACUCUCUCCACCCCACAGGCACUCUGGGCCCUAGCCCCUACCCCAGCUAUGGCUCCCGGGGCUCCCUCAUCCAGCCCCAGGCCUAUCCUGGCUGCCCUGCUCUUCUCUUCUUUGGUGCUGUCCCCGGCCCUGGCCAUUGUGGUUUACACGGACAGGGAAGUCUAUGGUGCUGUGGGCUCCCAGGUGACCCUGCACUGCUCCUUCUGGUCCAGUGAGUGGGUCUCAGAUGACAUCUCUUUUACCUGGCGUUACCAGCCUGAAGGGGGCCGAGAUGCCAUUUCGAUCUUCCACUAUGCCAAGGGACAACCUUACAUCGAUGAAGUGGGGACCUUCAAAGAGCGCAUCCAGUGGGUAGGGGACCCUAGCUGGAAGGAUGGCUCCAUUGUCAUUCACAACCUGGACUACAGUGACAACGGCACCUUCACUUGUGAUGUCAAGAACCCACCAGACAUAGUGGGCAAGACUUCUCAGGUCACGCUCUAUGUCUUUGAAAAAGUGCCCACUAGGUACGGGGUGGUGUUGGGAGCCGUGAUCGGGGGCAUCCUUGGGGUGGUGCUGUUGCUGCUGCUUCUCUUCUACCUGAUUCGGUACUGCUGGCUGCGCAGACAGGCUACCCUGCAGAGGAGGCUCAGUGCCAUGGAGAAGGGGAAAUUUCACAAGUCUUCGAAGGACUCCUCAAAGCGCGGGCGGCAGACUCCCGUGCUGUAUGCCAUGCUGGACCAUAGCCGAAGCGCCAAAGCUGCCAGUGAGAAGAAGUCUAAAGGGCUGGGGGAGUCUCGCAAGGAUAAGAAAUAGCGGUUAGCGGGCCGGGCGGGGGGUCGGGGGUCGGCGACGGAGUCCUCCAAAGGCUCUCAGGUGGUGGUCAUCGAGAUGGAGCUUCGCAAAGAUGAGCAGAGCUCGGAACUCCGGCCUGCAGUCAAGUCCCCCAGUAGAACCAGCCUCAAGAACGCCCUCAAGAACAUGAUGGGCCUGGACUCAGACAAGUGACCGUCACAUCCAGGCCCUGUCAGAGCAGGGGGGCGGGACCUAGGCUCCUCUUUUCCCAGGUCUAGGUGCUUUCCUCUUGCUCCUCAGCCCUGCCCUGCCCUUACCUCCCAAUGAGAUGUAAAGUUUCAUUCCAGCCUUCCUUUCCAAGUUCUUGUAUUUUUUUCCCCCUCACCUUUACCCCUUGGCUUUCCGGGAGCCUAGGGACUAACCCUACUCCUCAUCUGCCCUAAGGGCUGUGUGUUUGGUGCCUGUCUCUCAGGCACCGAGAAGAAAGGGACUUUGAUAGCCUCUGCCCAACUCCAGGCCAUUUGGUCUUCCCACCUACCCCAGCUCAUCCCCUGGCUCCAUCCUUCCUGCUCUCUCCUUUCCUUCCCCCUGGUGGCCCAGCUCCACACUCUAUCCUCGGGCUCAAAUCCACACCAUCCAGAUCUUCUCCAUCAGGGUUUAUUUAGGUUGAGUAUUUUUUUAUUAGUUCAUCCGAUCUCUCGUUUGUUUACCUGAGACCACGCCCCCAUGACUGAGGACCAAUGACGUCAUGUGGCUUUUGCAGUUCCCCACCUUCCUACUAGUAGGCCUUUACUGGAGAGCCAGCCAGCCCAAGCCGAGGAGCCCCUGAUGCUCAGACCUCAGCUACACGACCGAUGCCCUCCGACCAUUCCGCAGCACAGUUCUGGCACUCGAGAUUUGGGGAAGGAGAGAGAGAACAUGGAUCCUCACUGGUCAGGGGUGGAGUAGGAGGCCUUUAAAAAAAAUGCCUUUAAAGUAAAUAAUCAGACAGAAAACAGGAGAAACCAAUGAGACUAGGAAGGAAAGGAAACGGUUGCACUCCCAGGCACAGGGGAUGUUAGGACUUUUCUACAUUCUGUACAUUUCUUCUACUGCCUCCAAACGCCCUUAAAUGUUUAAUAAACACUGACAU